AUGGCACCAAGUAGUAAAGAAAGAAAAGGAACAGGAGUAAAUGUUGAGUCGCAGCAGGUUAACGGCAAAACUAAGACCUCGGGUAACGUUAAGAAUAAAUUGGAACAUGAAGGCCCAGUCGCAACAGCAGCAGCUAAAGGUAGUAAGGGAAAAGUUGAGGACGAAGGUGUGUUGCAAUACACACCAUUGGAUGAGAUUCCAGUUCGAGUUGCCCGUUUGACGGAAUCAUUCCACAAGACUAGGAAGACGCAUUCGAUUCAGUAUAGGUUGAAUCAAUUGAGAAACCUUUACUUUGCGGUGAAGGAUAACGUUGAUCCUCUUUGUGAUGCUUUGUACAAGGAUUUCUAUAGACUGGCGUCAGAAACCAAGAAUUUGGAAAUUACGGGGGGACUCAGCGAGUUGUUGCACGUUAUGUCGAGCUUGCACAAAUGGAUCCAACCAGAAAAGGUAACCGAUUUGCCAGUUUCGAUGCUGGCGACGCCUGUCUACAUCGAGAGGGUCCCAUUGGGAACGGUGUUGGUUAUCUCUCCUUUCAACUACCCAUUUUUGCUUUCGCUUUCGUCGAUUGUUGCAGCCCUUGCUGGGGGAAAUGUGGUUGUGUUCAAGCCUAGUGAACUGACACCUCACUUUUCCAAGCUUUUCUGUGAGAUUGUCUCGAAUGCAUUAGAUGAUGAUAUAUUCUACGCCAUCAACGGUGCUAUUCCUGAAACAACAAAGGCUUUGGAACAAAAGUACGACAAGAUCAUGUAUACCGGUAGUACUAUGGUCGGGACUAUAAUCGCUAAGAAGGCAGCUGAGACUUUGACUCCAGUAUUAUUGGAAUUAGGUGGUAAGUCUCCUUGUUUUGUUUUAGACGAUGUCAAAGGCAAAGAUCUCCCAACAAUUGCCAGAAGAAUUGUCUGGGGUAGAUUUACCAAUUGUGGUCAAACAUGUGUCGCAGUUGACUAUGUUUUGGCCCAUGCUUCAAUUAAAGAUAAAUUAGUUAAAGCUAUGGUUAAAGUAGUCGAAGAAGAGUUCUACGGUUCUUUGAACAAGGAUGACAGGAAUUAUACUCAUUUGAUUCACGACAGGGCUUUUGCUAAUUUAAGUAGAGUCCUCGAUGAUACUAAGGGUGAUGUUGUUGUUGGAGGUUUAAGGGAUGAAUCAUCUAGGUUUUUCUCGCCAACAAUUAUUGAUAACUGUUCAUGGGAUGAUUCUACUAUGAAGGCCGAAUUAUUUGGACCAUUGUUACCAAUUUUAACUUACACUGAUUUAUCAGUAGCUACUGCUGAAGUUGUACAAAAUCAUGAUUUUCCUUUGGCUCAGUAUAUCUUUACUAGUGGCUCUACUUCCAGAAAGAACCCUCAAGUUGAUCAAAUUUUGACUUCGAUUAGAUCUGGUGGUGCGGUAGUUAAUGAUGUCUUGAUGCACUUUAGUUUAACCAAUGCUCCAAUUGGUGGUGUUGGUGCAUCUGGCCAAGGUGCUUAUCAUGGUUAUUAUUCUUUCCGUGCAUUUACUCACGAAAGAACUACCAUGGAACAACCUUUAUUUAACGAUUUUGCUUUGGCUGCAAGAUAUCCUCCAUUCAAUGACAAGAAAGAUAAGCUUAUCCAAAGUUCCAUGAGCAGACAUAAUGGUAAUGUUUGGUUCAGUAGAACUGGAGACGUCAGCUAUAAUGGUCCAAAUCCAUUAUGGUCUUUCUGGACCGGUUUUACAGGUAUUUGUACUUUAGGAUAUAACCUUGUGAAUUCGUUAUAA